AGCCAAGUCUUUCAGUUCUACAUCUACAUUCGAUUGCCUCUACUGCAUCGAAGGAAGAUUUUCGGUCAUUUGAACAUUCGUUCAUUUGCUACCAUUUCAUUUUUUCUGCUAAAUUACUGAUAUUUUAUGUUUUACUAACAUAAGCCUUUGAAUUGAAAGUUAAGAGUUUGUCCGGAACAGUCGAAGAAUUUUGAAAACGUCAUAUGUUUCGGUUUCAUUAGAUAUCAUGCAGAAAUUCGAUCACCCCCACAUCAUAAAGCUGAUAGGAGUGUGUUCCGACUCGCCCGUAUGGAUCAUCAUGGAGCUAGCCAAGCUGGGCGAACUAAGGGCAUAUCUGCAAAAUAAUAAGCACAUCUUGGACCUCGCCACAUUGUUGCUGUACGCAUUACAGCUGUCUACCGCUUUGAGCUACUUAUAAAUUUUUUUGUUUCGGGGGCCCCCCGCGCGUGGCGUCCUAGUGUCCCCCCUAUGCGUCAAACUCGCUGAUUUCGGUCUGUCACGGUGGAUGGGCGAGGACCAGAGUUACUACAAGGCCUCUAAGGGUAAACUGCCCAUCAAAUGGAUGAGCCCGGAGAGUAUCAACUUUAGGCGGUUCACGACCGCCAGCGAUGUGUGGAUGUUCGGUGUGUGCAUGUGGGAAAUCUUAAUGUUAGGCGUAAAACCAUUCAAAGGCGUGAAGAACAACGACGUGAUCGGAAAGAUCGAGAACGGGGAGCGACUGGCGUUGCCGCCAGAUUGCCCGCCCCGCCUCUACUCGCUGAUGUCGCAGUGUUGGGCGUACGAGCCGAGCAAACGGCCAAGUUUCAAGGACAUCAAAGAGAUUUUGCAGGAGAUCCUGGUGGAGGAGAAGCGGGCGCAGCAAGAGUGCUCGCGGCGAGAGACGAGGAGGGCGGCGGCGAUGUCGUGGGGACCCGCAAAUGAGUGUUGCCCCUCGCCGAAGCCUAGCAGGCAUCCCAUGCAAGCGCUCGACGCGUCGUUGCUGUCGUCUUCGCUGGACGCUGCGUCGGACCCGGUGCCGCAGACGUACAUCAUCGCGCAGAAUCCCGAGGUGCUCGCGCAUCUGAUGCGCGAGAACGAAAACAGGGGCGUGACGCCGGCCAUGUACACCGUUCCCGCAUCGGUAUUUAACACGCCGGCUUCCCUCUACGGCGAUCAGCUGCUCGAAAAUCUCCAGUACCAACCGUCGAGCCACUUCAGUCACCAGGUGCUCGAGCAGAGGCUACGGCAGCAACAGCUUGAAUCCGAAGAAGACUCUAGGUGGCUCGCCGAAUCGAAAACGAAUUUGGUAAGGGUUAGCGCACGGGUUUCAACGUUUCUCGUCGCAGAAAAAAUUGACCGUCGUUGGCCCUCUCAACGAAACGAUCUCGUGCCUAGAAAACACUCAUCAGUCAUCCCUUCCCGCGAGCCCGUCGAAUUGCUCCGAGCACCAGCGGUCCGGGGACGGCGUGGUGGGCGUUGCCGCGGGCAACAGAGCGGCACCGCCUCGCUCUCGAGCAGCAAAAGCCAUUCGCCUGUGGGCUCGUUGACAAACACGAUGACAUUAAGCGGACAGCAGAGCGGAUCCGAUUUCGGCAGCGACUCUGAAAGAUCCAAGGAUGUUCAUCACGUGACAGCCAUACCGGAUAGAACCCACGAUCGGGUGUACGAGUGCACGACAGACGUAGUGAGGGCUGUCAUGUCGCUGUCGCAGGGUGUGCAGCAAUCACACGCAGACCAGUACCUCGACUUGGUGAAGAAGGUGGGACUAGAGUUGCGGUCGCUUCUGGCCAGCGUCGACGACAUAGUUGGGGCGUUCCCGUGCGCCGCGCAGAGAGAGGUCGAGAUGGCGCACAAGGUGCUAUCCAAAGAUAUGGCUGAGUUGGUUGGUGCGAUGAAACUCGCUCACCAGUACAGUCGAACGACUCUGGAUGCGGAAUAUAGAAAGGGCAUGUUGGGGGCGGCCCACGUGCUCGCGAUGGACUCGAAGAACCUGCUCGACGUCGUAGACACGAUACGCACGCGCUACCCGCAGAUUUGCCGACAAAUUCGCGACGACUCGGACAAGUUCGUUGCCGACGUGGGCGGGCGCGUGCAUUCGACCGAGUCUUUGGAGAAGCAGGACGCGGAGAAAGUUCAGCAAGUAAUGUUAGACGGUCGCUCCGAAUCCAUGUCGCCGACGCCAGUCGCAUGCACUUUCGUCACGGCUCGCGCGUUUCCCAACUCUAUCGGUUCGUCGCCGUCCUCAUCGAGCAUAGGCGCGAAACAAGUCGACAGUUAGUCC